AGCAGGAUCCAGCAGGAUCCAGCAGGAUCAAGCCAUGCUCCAAGCAGUGGUCUGGACCCUGCGGUGCCUGCCUCACUCCAACCCGGGCCUCUUUGUGAGGAGGCAGAGCAGUAGAGUAGCCCAGCGCGGAGUCCUGGCGAAGCGCGUGGCUGUGCUCACGGGGUCCACUGACGGGAUUGGCUUUGCCAUUGCCCGGCGUCUGGCCCAGGACGGGGCCCACGUGGUUAUCAGCAGCCGGAAACAGCAGAAUGUGGAGCAUGCAGUGGCCACGCUGCAGGGGGAGGGGCUGAGUGUGGCUGGCACCGUGUGCCAUGUGGGAAAGGCUGAGGACCGGCAACGGCUAGUGGCCAAGGCCUUGGAGUACUGUGGAGGCGUGGAUAUCCUGGUGUGCAAUGCUGGCGUCAACCCUUUUGUGGGGAGCACUCUGGGGGCCAGUGAACAGGUGUGGGACAAGAUCUUGGACACGAAUGUGAAGGCCCCAGCCCUGUUACUGAGUCAGCUCCUGCCUCACAUGGAGAAGAGAGGGAACGCUGCUGUCAUCUUGGUCUCUUCUGUCUCAGCUUACUUUCCAAUCGUGGAGCUGGGUGCCUACAAUGUCAGCAAGACAGCCCUGCUAGGUCUCACUAGGACACUGGCCCUGGAGUUGGCUCCCAAGAACAUCCGGGUGAAUUGUCUGGUUCCAGGAGUUAUUAAGACUGACUUCAGCAAAGUGAUACAUUGCAACGAGGCUAUCUGGAACCAGUUAAAGCAGAGCCACCAGUUACAGAGGAUUGGGAAGCCUGAAGACUGUGCGGGACUCGUGUCUUUCUUGUGCUCUGAAGAUGCCAGCUACAUCACCGGGGAGAACAUUGUGGUGGCCGGCUGUUCUUCUCGGCUGUGAGGUCAUUGGAGGGCUGGUCAU